GCUGGCGGGAAUCAGCUGGCGGUCACGUGACUCGCCGCCCUCCCGAGUGAGUGAGUGGUGGUGGCGGCGGCGUCGCUUUCACGUCUCCGCUUCGGUGGUGGUGGACGUCGCAACAACAACAACAAUAACAACAACAACAAAAACCUCCCCUCCUUGCCAUGUCCCACCCAUGGGCCGCCGCUGGUGGCGGCCAGGCACGUGGGAAUGGGGAUGACGAGUCUGGUGAUGAAUUUGGCGGCUUCGAGACGGCGGACCCUCUGCCUGAUGGGGGAGUUCCGGUUCCUUCUGCGGCCAUUCCUUGGGCAGCCUUUCCCGUGGGCAUGCCUCCAAGCGCCACCCCAGACAUCCUGCUGGACCAGUCUUCCUCGCCGCCUUUGGGACCCCUUCCCGAUGCCGCGGCUUCAAGCAUCGGCCCUCAAGCAGGCCUGUCUGACCUACACUCCUCUCUGCCAGCCUCUGUGAGCUCUUCUGGAGCGUCUGGUCCUGCCAGUCCGCCCGCAACCUCCCCACCUGACGCCAUCAUCAACGCAGCGGCCGUGCCAGGGCAGCAGCGGCGGCAAUCGGUGGAGGUGGACGCCGCCACUGCCGCCAAUGCCGCCACUGCUGCCACUGCCGCUGCUUCCACGGAAGAGGAGACACCACCGCCGGUGUCGGUGGGGCAGUUCGAGGCUCUGCUCGCCAAGCUCAGUCUGGCAGAGCAGGAGAAGCACCGGACACAACAGGUGUUGGAGGGCUUGCUGACGAGCAACGUGGGGCUGGAGCGACGUCUCGCUGAUGCCGAGGCGAAUGCGGCAGCCGACCAUCGCGUGCGCUAUACGGAGAUGCAGGAGAAACACCAGAAGGAGUUGGAGGAGCUCAGGACGGCUGGGCACGAGGCACUUGCCAUCAUCGUGGAGGAGUACAAGGCCCUGAGCGUGUCGGCAGUGCAGGAGGCCAACGAGGCCGGCGAGAGGCACGUUCGCUCCGCGUUGGAGACCCAGGUCCAGGCGUGCCAGGAGCUCAUGUCCGCACAGCAUGAGAGGCUGCGGGCCCUACUGGAGGAGUGCCGCUUGGCGUGUGAGGAGCGAAUCGCAGAGGCUCUGCAAGAACAGACGGCACAGCACAAGGCUGAGGUUGAGAAGUGCCUGGCAGAGGAGGUGCAGAAGAACGCGGAGGCAUUGAAAGCGGCGGUGGAGACCGAGCGGAGGGGGCUGCAGGCCGCCGUGGAUGAGGCCGUGGAGCGGGAGCGAGAGCGGAGCAAGGACGUCGAGGAGAGGCUUACGGCCAAGCUGCAUGACCUGUUUGCUCAGGAGAAGGGUGUCCUGCGCAAGGCUAUGCAGGAGGCCGUGCAGGAGGAGAGGGACAGGGGCCAGGAAGCCCUGGAGAGGGGAUUGCAGGAGGAGCGUGAGAAGAGCACCCAGGCAAUGCGGGAGGCCGCGGAGAGGACGCGCACGGACAUGCAGAGCUACCUCCAGGAGCAGAAACGGGCAGAACACGCGGGCCGACAGCGCAAUCUCGCCAGCCUGGAGCUCUUCCUGUCGUGCGCGCAACAGCAGCUGUCCACGCUCAUGCAGCCCCCGCCGCCUCCACUUGCGCCUCCUGCUUCCGCUGACGGUGCGAGCGUGAGCCCCGCGAUGGCGACGGCGACUGAGAUGGUGGCGCGUGGCUCCGUCCCGGCGGAGGUUGACCCGACGCCGCCGGCCGGGACCCACGAUGCAACGUGAGGGAGGAGUUGUCCACCCCCCGUCACCACCUCUCCUUCCCCUGAGAGGAGGAGGAGGAGGAGAAGGUAGCGGUUAGGGCAAAGCCGUGAUGUAUAACAGGAUCAUGAAAAUAAAUAAUUCCCAACAAUAGGAGCCUUACAAUCGAUGUGCAACUGGAAAACUUGACCGAGCGGCAUCAAUACAACUUUCAAUCUUCACACUUUAUUUCUUUAACGAUGCCUAUCUUAAAACUUAAGGCCCCUAUACGUAUAUAUUCAUCCAUUAAACAUUUUAAACCACGUAUUUAAAUUAGUAAUUAGGUUCAUCUGCAACCAUACACUCUGUCAAAUGUAUUUACUUAUCAUCUGUGAAAGCCAGGCUGAACAGGUUAAUUUUAAAUUAUUUUUUUAAACUUUGAAUGGUCAGGCAGUCCCCUUUCCUUACGAGGAAGGGAAUUCUACAACGUAGGAGCCGUGUAAGCAGAGGAACAACGCCCUAGAUCUUGACUUAAAGCUUUCGUGACUGCAGGAAUUAAUAUUCUUUGGGUUUCGGUAAAGUCACGUGGCUUUACCGAAAGACCCAAAGAAAACGCCCUCGAUGUUUGUAGUUGCGCCCUGUGGAUGUUUCGCGAUCCCUCAGUGGAUCGAAGCAGUCGGUAGGGGCAUUAGAGAGAAAGAUUAUCAUCAUUCUUCAAAAUAAUUAUCUUUCAAAUAGGGUCCCUGGCCGUGUGGGGCCUUAUAGGUCAUGAAACUCACCUUAGAAGGUGAUGCUCCAUCGGACUGGCAGCCAGUGCAGUGUGCGGAGCACAGACCUUGUAUGAUCGGUCCUACACGUACCAAUCAUUAACUUGGCAAACAACAUUCUACACCAGCUGCAGAUGAUUGACAUUAAGCCCCAUUAGCCCCUCGGGUAAAGGGCGUUGCAGUAGUUAAUGCGAGUGAUCACGAAGGUGUGAAACUAGGUGGGUCGAUCAACGGCGAGCGAUAAUCCUCAGGUAGACGAAAGAUGUCUAGACAGCAGCUCACACCGGUGAUUUCGAGGUCAAGCCGCCGUCAAAAACACUACCCGGAUUCCAUACUCAGCCUGGGGUAGUCAGCUGGACACCCCUGAGGGCUGUCCUGCCAACACACCCAUACUCUGACGAUCAGGGUCCAGCACCAACACCUCAAUAUUAUCAGGGUUCAAUCUCAACCAACUAUAACUCAUCCAGUCUUGGAUCUCAGAUGGGCAUUUGCUAAAAACCAUAAGAACAACUCCCUCCUCGGGUGCAAAGGACACAUACGGCUGUGCAUCAUCUGCAUGACAGUGAAAACUGAGCCCGUAAUGUCGAACAAUUUCGUCCAAUGAAAACAUAUACACCACAAUCAAUGUGGGUGUCGGCAUGGGGCUCUGUGGCAUCCCACAGGAUAGGGGGAAAGGAUCGUAGGAAUACAUUGCAGAAGCUUCUCCCUGUAUCUUAUCCUUGAGCAAAAAUCAACAUCAUCUCUGGACGUUAACAGCCAAUCUGCAGAUGUACUGCAUGCGCUGAAAUAGCACACCGGCAUUUGACAUGACAGUGUCAAAUGCUGCGGAGAGAUCCAGGAGGACCACGAUGGAAUGAGUCUUCUCAUCUCUCGAUAUAUGGAGGUCAUUAAGCACCCGAAUAAGGGCCAUUUCGGUGCCAUGCCUCUUUCUAAAUCGUGACUGGAAAGGAUCCUUGAUGGAAUCGAGGGCCUCUGUUACUGUUCUGUUAAAGGGCAAGCACAAGGUUCCCGGGAUCCAAACCUUCAUUUGCUAAGCCCGAUAGGUCCAGCACUGCCAUUAGGCCACCAGGGAUCAAACCCCUCAAGGGGCGGUACAGGCCUUUUUUGGGGGAGCCCAAAAACGGAACUUUAUGGUGUGAUGGUCUGACCAACCGACUUGUUCCACCACUAAGAUUUUUUUAAAGAUGUGUUUUUAGUUGGGACUUAAAGAUAUCAACACUGUCUGGGAACCUGAUCUCCACCAGUAGGGAGUUCCACAACCAUAGGGGCCACCACAGUAACCACCCAAUCACCCCAUGAAUGCAACCGAGAUUGAGGUAUAAUGUAAAAUAGAGGAAUAAAAAGAUGUACUGUCGUACUGCACAUCUUAAGUUCUCCAAUCCAGGUUCUUCUCACAGAAAUCUUGUUCUCCUGCUCAAACCGCUGGGAAUAAAUGUCCAGUAGAUCACAGAGUCCAAUCGGUGCUCGGGAGAAGACUCCCAAUUUAAUAGCAGGCCAACACCUCCAGUCUGAAUCAGCCCUCUGGCUGACUCCCAGAAGCAGCUGCGUGUGGUGCAGCACAGGGCGGAGGAGAAGCAGAUCAGUAGCACGGGCAUAACCAGCACGUAGAUUGUACAGCAGGCUUCACUCAGGAGCACAGGCAGCAGAUUAAAUAUACAGCAGGCUUUUCUCAUGAGGCUCCUCUCACAAGCACGGCCACGAGAUGGUUUGUGCGAGGCUCGUGGGCUUGAUGAGCACGUCGAGGAUGCCAUGGAAGGGCAGGCUCUUGAGGUGCACGUCGUGGUGCAUGGGGUGGCGCGUCCGGGUCGGGGGGGCGUCUGCACCGGCCGCUGCUUCGGGCGGCCUCGUAGCCGUAGAGUUGCGCAGCAGCUCCUGCUGCUGGACCGCUCGCACCAUCUUGCGGCCUGGAGCGAGCAGGGGCAAGCGGCGAGGCGGGGCUACCCACGUCGUAGGGCGUGUGCGUCUUAGACGAGGUUACGGCCGUGAUGGAAGGUGUCACGGGAGCCAGCUCGGUGUUUUGUGGUCGCUGUGCCUGAACGCACCGUGCGGUGCCGUGGCAGCCGUCGGCAUUAACUCGGUACCACAUGCUUCCACGGUUGUAUUUCGCCAAGGUCAUUAUCAACCAGUCCUCAUUAUUUUGCAGACAAGACCCUGGGCUUGUGAAGUCAGAUUUUGAGGAAAUGUGGCCUCCACGUGGUGUCCGUGGCGAGGAUGAGAUGGAAAUCAGCAACUGUUUCGGUGCAUAAACAGCAGCCUUACCGGCCUUAAUAGGUGCUCACUGGCAUGGAUGUCAGUGUAUUAUUUGAUUAAUCGAAUCGAGAAAUGAAUGCGGUGAAAUGUGUACAAAAAAACUGCUGAAUGUCAGGAUUUUUAAAAAAA